GGGCACCCUCGAUUUCCUGAACAGCUGAUGCUGAAUUCAAAGCUUAACAAAAUUAUUGAUUUGCAAUUAAAGUAGAAUUAGCUUUAGCGUAGCAUUCCGAUAGAUAAGCGUAGGCCUAGUCAUGGAUUUCACGGGCUUUGAAGUGCGCAAGUGCCCACCGACUGUCAUGUACAUUCCGAACUUCAUCACUUCCGAGGAGGAGCAGCGCAUCCUCAGCCACAUCGAGCGGACACCGAAGCCUCGAUGGACGCAGCUGCUGAACCGCCGGCUGGUCAACUACGGCGGUGUGCCGCAUCCCAAUGGAAUGAUUGCCGAGGAGAUUCCCGAGUGGCUGCAGACCUAUGUGGACAAGGUGAACAACCUGGGUGUGUUUGAGUCGCAGAACGCCAACCAUGUUUUGGUCAACGAGUAUCUGCCGGGUCAGGGAAUUCUGCCGCACACAGAUGGACCACUAUUCCACCCCAUCAUCUCCACCAUUUCGACGGGCGCCCACACCGUGCUGGAGUUUGCCAAGCGUGAGGACACCACUGCUUCUGGGGAAGCAGAAGCUGGUGAAGAUCAGCCGCCCCAGUUGCCCCGUGAAGUGCGCUUCAAGCUGCUCCUAGAACCGCGCAGUCUGCUCAUCCUUAAGGACACGCUGUACAGCGACUAUCUGCACGCCAUCUCCGAGACCAACGAGGAUGUGCUCUGCGACCGCAUCUGCAACUAUGAUCUGUGCGAGAACACCUACAAGAUCGGGGAUCACCUAGUACGUCGAUCCCCGCGCAUCUCCCUCACCAUCCGCAACGUGCCCAAGACCAGCAAGAUGAAGCUUAAGUUCUGCUAGGUUCAUUCCGCCAUUAAGUGUUGUUUGGCAUUAGAGAUUACAGAUUACACAGAUGUUGACUAGCCGCACGUUAAACGAACCCACUGAAGAGAUCCCUGGGAUCCAAGAACUAUGAUAAUCCGCAACUCAAAUCUUCCGCUAGAUGUUUAAGCACUUCGCACUAGCAGCACACUUGUUCGCAAGCAAAUCCAUGUUGGCCCACACAAAAGUGCUUUAUUUAUACCGCUAGCAUUGUGUACAUAUAUAUAAAUGUUUGUAUUACGUAUUACGGAGCAAUAAGUUGGCCUGAUCGGCGGCCAGGCUCGAGCUGCAUCCUCAGAUUCCACCUGUCCGCCGGCGACCUUUAGAUUUAGUUGUGCGAGCAAUUAAUGGAGGCAAUCCGUGGCCUAGAUUUGUGAAAUAUGUGGUUAACUUUGUAUGUGGGUAUGCGCACCAACUGAUUUUGGUUAUGAUUGGUCCAAAACUGUGCAGAUUAUACAGAAUUUAUGCAAGAUCUCUAUGAUUAAAAAUGUUCCUUACGUUAACUACUAAGCAAAUCAAUUGUAACCAAAGCAAAUCAUAAUGAUGAUCAGUUGACGAGGUACCCCUUAUAUGUAUGUUGAUUGGAGCAUCCAGCACAAUGGCUGCACACUCGUGUGCUCCAUGCUCCGGCCUCCCGUGUCCAAGUGUAUUUUUGUAACCGUUUUUUCCACCGCGCACCGCAAAAAAGAGCGAAGAGUUGCCAAUAAACGUUUUUGUCCACCUA